CCAAAGCAGACUUUCAAAAGCAUCAAUAUGGCGGCCUGUUCAACGGCAGGUGUGAGAAGCGUCGGAUUGAACUCCGGAAUCGCCAUGAAAGAUUGCUACUCUCAGAUCAAGGGAGGCGAGAAGAUUUGUAGCGGAGACGCCAACUGCCCGUUCAUAAAUGGCAACGAAUCCUCGCAAGGCGAAGAGCGCUGGUUGCAAUCCCUCCGCCAGUUCCACAACGGGCGGAAUCUGCAGAUGGUUCACCUGUCUCCGUCGGUCUCCGAAAAGGACCUCAUCGACUUCUUUCAACAAACUGGGACGCUCGUCAAAAAAGUUGAAAUUAACAGAAGAACGCAUAUAGCUCGCGUAAAGGUGGACAGUUCCUAUGAGUUUGAUCCACUGAUCCGGCCUUGGAACUUCCCGCGCACUCUGUUGGGCAUGGAUGCAAAGUUGAAGAUGGGAAGCAAUGACAGUUUCUUGUGUGUCACCAACCUGCCCGGAAACUGCUCUCCAAAGCAGUUCCAAGACCUGUGCGAGAAGUUCGGGCCUGUCGUUCGGUCUUUCCUCAUUUACCACCACGCGACUGAUGAAAGCUUGGGCUUUGGUUUGGUGGAGUACUGCAGCAGAGCAGUGGCAUGCCAAGCCAAGAACCUCCUGCACAAGAAGCAGGUGCAAGGGAACGAGAUUCAUUGCGACUGGCUCGAACACAACCUGGUCAACUACGCCGAUCUCUAUCCACGCUGCCUCUACAUUGGGAAUCUACCCACAACCUUCUGCGACAUCUACGCUUUCCGGCAGCUCUUCACCACUGUCGCCAGCCCUGUCUAUUGUCAGCUGUCGAUAGUGAACGGGGUGCCGCAAGGGUUUGGAGUGGUGGAAUUCCGCCAGCACGAGGACGCCCGCAAGACUAAGGAGCUGUUGCAUGGGCACUGUCUCAACGGGAGUCGCCUCAACAUCCUCUUCGCCUCGCCGGGGGUCAGCGCGCAUAAGCUGUACAACCGUAUACUGGAAGAACAGUUGUGGUUACAGCAUGGAAGUCCCCCACAGCCCGCAUACCACACUUACGGUGGCUCUAACCCCCCACACCAGCAAGUAAAGAAAAUGGAAAAGAACGGGAUCAUGCCCAAUCCUGCCCUGUCGCCCGCACUGUUGGCACAGUUCUCUGUUGUCCAGAAUUCCAAAGUGAUACAGACGUCGACAGGAUAUCCCUUGGAUUAUGAAUCGCACGGCAUAAGGAAUUCUGUUGCAAAGACCUUUCAGAAAGCCAUCAAUUUGAAGGGCAAGGGAAAGAAUGUCUCGCAGGUAUCCACAGCUGCAGCCAACAACCAUGCCCUUAUAGCACUUCAAAAUUUCUUCAACCAACAAAUUUGCACUCAGCAGGCUUUGAAUGGCAUCAUGUCAACAUUACCGUGUGGCCAGGGCCAGGUGCCACUUGGCCUGCCUCCUCCGCCAGAGGGCGGCUACGACUCCCCGCAGCCCCAACAGAGCCAAGGUGAGAGCGACCCCAAGAAGAGCCCAGACGACGGCACUGCUUCCCCUGAUGACCGCAAGCGCAAGAAUGAGCCUGUCUACCAGUGUCCACUUAAUUAUUCCACCAUGGAUAAUUCGAGUAAGCACCCUGGGUGGGCUGGCUUUGAGGGCUGCCACCAGCGCCCAGGAGGCAGCUACCAACAGCAGCAGCAGCAACAGGGAGGCAUUGAAGCCAACAACGAGGCCAUCAACAUGUCCAGCGAAAGCAGGGAUCAGCAGAGUCCACCGGGCACUGCAUCCUGUAGUUGGCCCUCGGCGUGGGCGGGGCAGCAGCAGCAGCAACAGCAACCCGGAGAAGGAGCGGGACAGUCUAUUAUGACACAGGGGGCAUCGUAUGACAAGCAGGAGUCCGACAUGUCUCCCUCGGACCGCAAACGCAAAGUUCACCAGUUGAUGCCCUCGCCCGAACCAAGCCCGGAACACACCGGCUACAUGGGGCAGCACUCGCAGGGCAUGGGAGGACAUUACGCCGAUUCCUACUUCAGAUACAAGAAAAUGAAAGUCGGCACGUAGAGCCCAGUAAGCACAAAGGCUACAGGCUUCCAGCAGCCAUGCCUGUUAGCGCCCUUCCCCAAACUCUCUCAGCUGCUCUGCUUCACCUAGUUCCUGUUGCCAAACCCUUUGGUAAUAACUACCUUGAUCUCUGGCUGCAUCAGUAUGAGUAAGGCCGCUUUGGGUACGGAGAGCCCACUGGCAGAAGCUUUUUUGUAGUUUCCUCUUCCACAGUGUGAAUGUAGAUAAUGAGUUCCCUUCUCUUCUACAACCUGUCACGGGAAAAUGACACAUACUCAGAAGGAAAUCUUGGGCCACUCGCUGCAAAGUGUCUGUUUGCACAGCUGUAGACAAAACUCAGCCAUGCAACAUUGAGCCACAAGUUGAACUGUAUUUGGUUUCACUUGGCCGGAUCUCAAAAGAUGUGCCGGGUUGCUGUAGUAGCCAUUAUGUAACAAUGUGUGAGUACCUUUUUUUUUAACUGCAUUGUUGGUCUACUGCUUAAAAGAGCUGAAUGCAAUCUCCUGUAAAUGAGAACGUCUGAACUGUGUGCUAUAUUGGUGGAGUUGGACGUUCAGUCACGUGCAAUCUGUCGUGUGCAGGGGAUACCGAGGGAACGUAGAUCAAGAUGCCAAUAAUGCAAUUGUAAGUUGUUUUAUGAGCAAGUAACACCACUGUUUCCCUGCAACCCUUUUACAUGCUGCACUGGAACAAUGAAAUGUUCCAGAAACAUUCAGAACAUAGUACAAGCAAGAGUAACGUACUAUGCAUCAUGCAGUAGAAGUGCGGAGAAACAAGCAGUUGCCGGAACUAAUUUUUUGGGCUGUGACAGCACCAAGUAGUUUUGUUGGAGGGGUGGACACAGUGAUCAGGACUAGAUGUCAAGCUCCAGAGCUGAUGUGAGAUAUUGCAAAAGGUGUAGAGCCUGUAUCAAUUCAAAAGUUCCUUACAGCACAAAGGCAUAGCAAAUUGUUGAGUGCUCGUCACAAGAGAUAUCUAUCACAUUAACAAGCCACGUGCUCAUCCUUUAAUUGUCUUACUUCACUUUAGAUUGUCACAUUAAUUACAGCAAGCAUAAGAUAAUGUUACUUGUGUGGUCCUGUUCUCAAGUUGCAAUGUACAAAAGGAGCUGUUCAUAUGCAGGGUUGCCAGCUUACUGAUGCGAAAUAUAGCCGUCUGGGUGCCAGAAAGCAGCCAAAAGUUAGUUAUGCAUAACAGAUAGUAGCCACCAAACCAGAUAGCAUGCUGCAAAUGUAAGGUUCAAUUUUAGGAACACUACAUAACGAGGGAACAAGUACAAACGAAUAAUACGGCAAAAGAUGCACACCGUGAUAAAUAAUUUUUACUGACUCGAUAAUGUCAAGACAUGUACUUGCCACUCACUCACUAGUGACACUGACUACAACGGAAAGAAUUUGCAGUAGACCUCAAGGAUUAUCUCUGAAUCUUUUAUUAUCGAGCUAACAGCUGUACAUUUCAUGGUUCAUAUUAAGAGGUUCCACUAUAGGUCUACGGUGCAGUGGGAGGAUGAAGGUGCAACAUCUCCUGCCGAAGAUUGAACAUGAAUUCCCACAAUUGAGCGCAAAGGGCCAAUUCUGCACUCAUUUUUUUUUUUUUCACCCUCUAUACCUCAAUUCUUCUAUUUGUUUUUAAAGUGCCACUACACACUCAAAAAACUAUAUUUUAUUUCGUAGCAUAAAUGAAACUCACUCGAGGACCCCAGUAUACAAAAUAUCAGUGCCGUCAGUAAACAUUGCGUGCUUCCAAGAAUUUUUUCGGGAGGGCAAAAACUUCAUAGUUUCGGAUCCUCCGAGCUCUGGCGUUUGUCUCCUAGCAACAGGCAACACCACCUAGAUAAAGAAAGCCUGCUUACUCGUCGACGUGACAUGGCAACUAAGAGUCAGCCAAUCAGGAUCAUGUUUUCAACGGCGGUAGCCAAUCACGAACGAGUUUUCAGCUGUCGUAGCCAUGGAGACGAAGCACCGUCGUCUGCGAGCAGUGAUUCAACAUUCCCGCGUACUAAACGGGAAAACUUUAAAAUGAAGCGCAAAACGGUCCCAUAUCUCUCUCAAGACUGAUUUUCUGGAAAGGGUGUUUAACUUUUUGUCUACAGAUUCAGGUCUACAGGUUCCAGGUUAGCUGCGAUCAUCUGAGAGUUCUUGAAUUCGCAGUAGCAGACGAAUUCUGACUUUAUGAGUGCACGUAGCGAAGGAAGGAGAGGAGGCAAUAAGCAGGCCUUCUGCAUCCAGGUGGCGUUGCAACAGCGCUCUCUGCUCCACGUUGGAAGACUGCUAGUUGGUGUGGUAAGGAGUCCUUCGAGGAGCAGUGUUGCCAGUCGCAUGGCAGGUUACACACCUUAUGAAAACUGUAAAUUAAUUUUAUGACACUUCCGCAUCACACGAGGAAACAGUAUUUCUGAAGAAAACAGUGGAUUCCCAAGCAGCGCAACAUGUUGGCCCAAUAUUGGCAGGACAUCGGCAAUACUGGCCCGGUAUUAGACCAAUGUUUGACCAGUAUUCAGCCAGUAUUGGGCAAAGAUGUUGUGCUGCUUGGGAUACAAUGGCGGAAAUUUGGUAGGAUUCUGAAGACACUCAAAAUUUCCCCAUAGUGGCACUUUAAAGGAGCACUGAGGUGAGGAGUGCACAGUGUUCUCCACCGAAUAAAAUGAGUUCCUGCGAAAGAACGCUGAGCGCAGGUGACCUACAAAGCGAGCGCGAGGGCUCUGUUCCGCACGCCUCUGAAAAAUCCUUUUCCUCGUGAAAAGAGCGCAUCGCAGAACAAGAGGACGUCGUGACGUAUGCUACUCCGCUCACGUGACCAGCGACGUACAGCGGCACAGCUGAAGCAUGUAUGUAUAAGCAGCAUGUGAACUGCAAAGCAAAAACAAAGAAACAAGGCACGGAGCCUUCGCUACGUCACGAGCGCGUCAUGGCUGCCGUCCGGGACAACUUUCUCAGACUGUUUUUUGUAAAUUUGUUUGCACAGCUAUAACGCACCGCAGAGCGAAAAUAUUUUGCAUGGUGACUCCUGGUGGACAGCUUGACAUACGAGGCAGGAUUUCGAGCCACGAUAAAUGUGACCUCAUUGCUCCUUUAAGGCGCCUGCUUUUAAUAACCAAGAACUUGAUUUCCUAAUUAACACUUUUUCAUUCAUGGGAGUAGCAAGAGAUGGCAACCCUGUUCAUAUGUGCACUGAUAAGGCUUUCCACAAAAUAUUUUCUUGGCAGUACUGAGUCAACAAAUUUGUACCAUUUUAAGUGCUGGCAUGACAAAAUGGUGAAGUACCAGUGCUGUCGCUCAUAUUUCAUAAAGAACAAGUGCAGUCAAAUAAUGCACGACAAAAGAUGCUGCUACGGGUCGUCACAUAUUACAAUUCCAUCCCCUCUAUGACUCGGCUGUCUUACGCUGAGCUCCUUUGAAUUUGAGAUAUACAUUUUAAUAUUGAUGCAAGCGUGGGUGGGUGCGGAAACCACUCUAACUCAUGUUGUCAAAACCGUUACAAAGUGUGUAAAGAGAUGUGUGCAGUUAGGUGCUGUAUCAAAUGGUGAAACACUUUUGCAAAAAAAAAAAAAAAAGAACCCACCACUGCAAAAGUAGAGCCAUGUUGGUGAAUGUGCAGCAUAAAGCUGCUUUUGUUUUGUUGUAGGCCUCAAAAGCCACUGUUUCCUGUACAAAAUGAAGUGUUUGCUGUUGAAGAUCGGUGUUAGUUUGCCUAGUUUUGUGCUCUGUGGCAAAGUUUAGGGGCCCCGCUACUUGUGGAUCCUUAAAGGUAUUCCACAUUCUCAGCUGUUCAAGAUCAAAUAUUCUCAUCCCUGCUUUUAUCUCCAAAAGCAUCUUUCUUGUUCCCCGAACCCCUUUUUUUUUCUUCUCUCGAUUACAUACUCGAAUAUUUUUUUAAUCGGUAUUUCUCUGCAUUUAGUUUGACAUACCAGUACGUUUAGUCUCUUUACUUGAUGUACAUAUUCUACUGCUGUCACAGUUAAUCAGUUCAUAUUAACGCUUCGUGUUAAACUUAACUCACUCGUAGCCCUAAGUGGAGUUAGAUAAUCAGGAUGCACUCUAAUGUGCAGUAGAUAGGCAUUGCUUUGUAGCCUCUGUGACAUUACUCUCAUGUAUUUAUACGUAAUAUCGCUUGGUACGAUCAGGGUCCCAUAGUGCCAUACAUAUAAACCUGGUGCAUAGAAUGCAUGCACUUGUAGAGUGACCAUCUCUUGAGUGCAUGUGCUGCCCACUUGGCGCUUUUUUCGUGUGCAGUCUAGCUAUCAGUCUCUUGCCCGCUGCUAGUCAUGUCUUGCUGCUAUGUACUUAUUUGUAUUCAUUCUAUGUACAUACUUGUCCACGUUGCAUUUUACGGAAAUAAAAUUCCAUACCCUCAG